UGGCAGCUUUUUUUGUGUGGACGCUAAUCAAAUCGCUAUGUUGGGCAGCAGUGGGUGGUCCCUAACCUGCCGAUGGAUGCCCUACACAUACCGGAUUCUCUUACAAGGGAUGAUGGUCCCGCCUCUCAACGAUGCUGACAAUGGCAUCUAAGCUACAGCAUGCUGGCUCGUGAUUCACCCAAGGGUCUAAUUCACCCUCUUGAUGCCUUUAUAUCGGAUUGUUGGUCAUGCAGGAUUGUCUGGUUCAUCGGUAGAAGUUUGUACGGAUGGAAAAUUUCGUCUACAUUGGAGUAAGGCAUUAAGCAAGGAAUUCUUCAAGCAUGUGAGUGGAGGCUUACGAGUCGCUGCAUUUCAAAACGUUCCGUGGAAGAAUGAUCUGUUCGUACUGGUUGGGUUUUCAGGAAAGAGCUUCUGGACUGCUUUCUCGUAUAGUUUGGAAGAACUCCGAAAGUGUAAUCGAAGUCUACGUCUUUGUUCACUCUUCGGGCCUGGUUCAGAGUGGAACUUUUCUUUGCACAUUGGUGGUCAGAACACUACAAGAUGAAGGCGUGACUUUUCCAGAUACUGCUGCAGACCUUGUUUAUCCUGUGGUUUUAUUUGCUGAGGUUGCCAGCUAAUGUGCAGAAGUAGUCAAGUUGCUGGUGAUGCAUCUAGCUGAAUAUAAACUUUUACAGCUUUGUUCUUAAACCUUUUGCUUCUUAGUUUUGCUAAGCACUUGUCAUGCCGAUUGAGAUAUCUGGGGGUGGAGAUUGGUGUGAAAUGCCUGGUUUUUUUCUUCCAGCUAAAAAUCACAAAUGUUUUCCACCUCCUGUUCUUUAAGCUCCACCUUGCUAGUAAAUGUUUUUGCUAAUCAAAUUGUUUGGUAGCAUGGUCCUUGGCUAUGGCUUGCUUUGACCCACAUCACUGAGACUCUCGGCAUGUGCAUGACAUGUUAUCUUAUACCAGAUAUGAUCGUUGGUGAAAUUCAUGGCUUCUAUUGGUUCUUUUCCUGUAGGUAGUUUCUUGUAGUUGUAGAAUAUCUUUGGCUUGCUAUUGGGGUCUUGAAGACAUGUAUAAAUUUUAAAGAUAUGUAUAAAUUUUAAUGGUAA